AUGAGCGCCCACGACCUGGAUCUGGAAGACCAGAAAUACUGGGAUGAUGUCAACGCCGUCAAGGAAUGGUGGAAGGACUCGCGAUGGCGAUACACGAAACGCCCCUUCACCGCGGAGCAGAUUGUCGCCAAGCGCGGAAACCUGAAGAUCGAAUACCCGUCCAAUGCGCAGGCUAAGAAGUUGUGGAAGAUCCUCGAGGAGCACUUCAAGGUCGGCUUCAUCUUAUGCAACAAAACCGCCAGCUUCACCUAUGGCUGUCUUGAGCCGACGAUGCUCACCCAGAUGGCCAAGUACCUGGAAACCGUCUAUGUGUCUGGCUGGCAGAGCUCAUCCACUGCUUCGUCCACCGAUGAGCCUUCUCCCGACCUGGCAGACUACCCCAUGAACACCGUGCCCAACAAGGUCAACCAGCUCUUCAUGGCCCAGCUCUUCCACGACCGGAAGCAGCGUGAGGAGCGCAUCACCACCCCUAAGGACCAGCGUCACAAGGUGGCCAACAUUGACUACCUCCGACCUAUCAUCGCGGAUGCCGACACUGGCCACGGUGGUCUGACUGCUGUCAUGAAACUGACCAAACUUUUCAUCGAGAGAGGCGCUGCCGGUAUCCACAUUGAGGACCAGGCUCCCGGCACGAAGAAGUGCGGGCACAUGGCUGGUAAAGUGCUGGUGCCCAUCAGUGAGCACAUCAACCGUCUGGUCGCCAUCCGCGCCCAGGCCGACAUCAUGGGAACCGAUCUUCUCGCCAUCGCCAGAACUGACUCUGAGGCUGCCACCCUGAUCACCUCGACCAUCGAUUACCGGGACCACCCGUUCAUUCUCGGGUCGACCAACCCGAACCUCCAGCCGCUCAACGACCUGAUGGUGGCCGCUGAGCAGGCUGGCAAGACCGGAAGCGACCUCCAAGCCAUCGAAGACCAGUGGCUGGCGCAGGCUGGCUUGAAGAAGUUCGACGAUGCGGUGAUCGACACCAUCAACGCUAGCUCGUUCGCCAACAAGAAGGCCCUCAUUGACGAGUACCUGCAAGCCGCCAAGGGCAAGAGCAACAGCGAAGCGCGUGCCAUCGCCAAGCGCAUCACUGGCGUGGACAUCUACUGGGACUGGGACGCCCCGCGCACCCGGGAGGGCUACUACCGCUACCAGGGUGGAACGCAGUGUGCCAUCAACCGCGCGAUUGCCUAUGCGCCCUUCGCCGACCUGAUCUGGAUGGAGACCAAGCUGCCGGACUAUGCGCAGGCGAAGGAGUUUGCCGACGGGGUGCACGCAGUGUGGCCUGAGCAGAAACUGGCCUACAACCUGUCGCCAUCCUUCAACUGGAAGAAGGCCAUGCCUCGGGAGGAGCAGGAGACGUAUAUCGAGCGCCUGGGCAAGCUGGGCUACUGCUGGCAGUUCAUCACGCUGGCCGGUCUGCACACGACGGCGCUGAUCUCGGAUCAGUUCGCGCAGGCGUACGCCAAGCAAGGCAUGCGGGCGUACGGCGAGCUGGUCCAGGAGCCCGAGAUGGAGCGCAAGAUCGACGUGGUGACGCACCAGAAAUGGAGUGGUGCCAACUACGUGGACAACCUGCUGAAGAUGGUGACCGGAGGUAUCAGCAGCACCAGUGCGAUGGGCAAGGGAGUGACGGAGGAGCAAUUCAAAUGA